GGGUUCCUGUCAGGGGCUCUCGCUCGGCGCGGAUCGCUGCGGGCUCCGCGCGGCCAUGGAGGCGGACGGGAGCCAGGCUACCUCGGGGAGCCCCGGCGAGGCGCAGCACGACCCCGGCAAGAUGUUCAUCGGCGGCCUCAGCUGGCAAACCUCACCAGACAGCCUUAGAGACUAUUUUAGCAAAUUCGGAGAAAUUAGAGAGUGUAUGGUCAUGCGGGACCCCACCACCAAGCGCUCCAGAGGCUUCGGGUUCGUUACGUUCGCGGAUCCGGCGAGUGUAGACAAAGUCUUGGCUCAGCCCCACCACGAGCUGGACUCCAAGACGAUUGACCCUAAAGUUGCAUUUCCCCGACGAGCACAGCCUAAGAUGGUCACGAGAACAAAGAAAAUAUUUGUAGGUGGAUUAUCAGCUAAUACAGUAGUGGAGGACGUAAAGCAAUACUUUGAACAGUUUGGCAAGGUAGAGGACGCCAUGCUUAUGUUUGACAAGACGACCAACAGGCAUAGAGGAUUUGGCUUCGUAACUUUUGAAAAUGAAGACGUGGUGGAAAAAGUCUGUGAAAUUCAUUUCCACGAAAUCAAUAAUAAAAUGGUAGAAUGUAAGAAAGCACAACCUAAAGAAGUGAUGUUUCCACCAGGGACGAGAGGAAGGGCACGUGGAUUGCCGUACACCAUGGACGCUUUUAUGCUGGGGAUGGGAAUGUUGGGUUACCCGAAUUUUGUUGCAACGUAUGGCCGAGGAUAUCCAGGAUUUGCCCCAAGUUACAGCUAUCAGUUCCCAGGUUUUCCGGCAGCGGCUUAUGGACCAGUAGCAGCGGCAGCCGUGGCGGCAGCAAGAGGAUCAGGUAGGGGGGCCCGUGGAAGAGCAAACCCUCAGAGUGCAGGGUCAGUCUUGAAUAGCUACAGUGCUCAACCGAAUUUUGGCGCACCCGCUUCCCCGGCAGGCUCCAACCCAGCCCGACCAGGAGGCUUCCCCGGGGCCAACAGCCCAGGGCCCGUCGCGGAUCUCUACGGCACGGCCAGCCAGGACUCCGGCGUGGGGAACUACAUAAGCGCCGCCAGCCCUCAGCCGGGCUCCGGCUUCGGCCACGGGAUCGCCGGACCUUUGAUUGCAACGGCUUUUACAAAUGGAUACCAUUGAAACGUUACACAUGGUUGGUUGCCAUCUCACUUGGAGAGUCUCUCUGGAUGUCCGGGCAAGACGGGGCGAAGUUUCUGAGCAGGCCCACAUUUGGGUGAUCUCAUCAGACUUUGAGCACUGCAUCAUCACCGCUAACGCAAACAAACUGGAGGUGGCACUCGACGGACUUAGGUUGUUAAAAUCUCUCUCAUCAUCUCAUGAAUCUGCUGUACUAUAAAAACAACAGCUUUUAAAAGUAUGUAUAUAAAACCCAUUUCUUGUUCGUUUUAUUUUCUUGAUGGGUUCCCCCCCCCUCCCUCCUUUUUAAACCUCUCCAAACCACAUUUUUUUUUUGGUAGCAUUUUGACAUAGUCUCGUAGCCACGUAGUUUGAAUUCUUUGUGUAUCUAGCAAGAGCUUAACCAUAGUGUAACUGUUUAUAUUAAGGGGUUUCUUUCGUUUUUCUUUCCCACCUCCCUUCCUUCUUCCCUUCUGUUUUACGUAGUCGUUGUUGCUUAAAGGAUGCUGAGAUGGUGACAGGAGUGUCAGCCGCUGGUGCCAGCUCUGCCACCACCACCACAGGUGGCCAUGGGGAGCAGAGCCAGUGGCGGGCAGGGUUUGGGGUGGCCUGGCAGGGCACGGGGGGGGCAUGGGGGAGCAGCAGGUUCUCUAGCCCUUCUUUUCAUUUGUGGCGUCUUCGUUAACCUAAUUCUAUCUAUUUUCGGCAAUAAGGCAAGGACUACAAACUUUUUGUGCGUCCUUUUUCUAUAAGUGCUUUUUUUUGUUGUUGUUGAAAGAGGCGAGAGAAGGGGUUUUUUUGAAAUCGUGAAUUCUGAGAAAAUAAUAAAUAAAAAACAGAACUGUAAAUACAAUUCCAUUAACUACAUAUAAACUAUUAAGAAAGAGAAAUACAAACCUAUUUUUGUGAUGGAGUCAGCCUAAGGCAGUUUCUCUAGGGGAAAAAAAAAGAAAAAAAAAAAAGGAAAAAAGAGGAAAAAAGAAAAAAAAAUUAAAAAGGGCAAGUUCUGGACUCGGUGACCAACUGCCGGGGCAGCGGGCGCGGGGCGACGCGGGUGCCGGGCGGUUCCGUGCGCCGGGAAAACCGUCCCGUCGGACCAGCUCCUGCCCCGUCAGACGUGCACAGCUUACAAAGGAACAGGUUAGUGGGAUUGUUUUGUUGUUUUGGUUAUUUUUUUGGUUAGUUUGGUUUUUUUGUUUUUAAUUUAACACCUGCUUUUUUUCCCACGACUGAAAAAGAAGCUACGAUUUUUCCUAUUUAACGCAUUUACGGUUCAAAGCACACUUUUUUUUUUUUCUUUUUUUUCUUUUUUUAGUUGUUUUUAAACUAGAUCAACUUGUCCAGUCAUUUCAGUGGCCCUGGGCUCCCUGCGUGGCUGGUGGAGGCGAGUGAGCUCCCUCUCCUGCAGCAGGCAGGGAUGCUCCACCACUCCCAUCCUUACCUUUUUUUAUCCGUUACUUUUUUCAUUAACAAAUUAGGAAUGCAACUUUGGUUUGAGUUUCUUCUCUUUUUUUUUGUUGUUUCUUUGGUUUCGGUUUCUUCUUUUUUUGUUGUUGUUUGAUUUUUUUGGUUCUUUGGUUUGGUUGUUUGUUUUUUUUGGGAAUACCUCAGUGCUACAAGUUUCACCCUAGAAGCAACGGAAGAUUUUAAUUUAUUGUAGUUGUAAACAGAAUUUUAAAAAAAUAAAAAUAAAGUAUAAAACAUCAUUGCACUGUGACUGGUAGGGGAAAAACUGACAGUUUCCUAUUUGCACAUGUUUAAUAUUUGGCUGUUAUAUAUAUGGUCCUCUGUUGGGGGAGGAAACUUAUGAAGGAUAUUUUUUAAUUUAAUUUUUUUAAUAUUGGUAAAUAGGCCUGCAACAGCAACCUAGAAGUACAACAUGGUAGGUGGCAUUAAGAACAUACUGUAGUGUGGAAUAUAUUUCUUCUUUUUUUAACGUAAUAUUGACAAGUUUUAUUAAUAUUUUUUUAAAUUGUUACGUUUAUAAAUUUGGUACUUUAGGUACAGCCAGUAUAAGACACUGAAUGCGACAUUUGUUAAAAAAAAGAGCUGCUGCACUCCUAUUUUUGUAAAUUUUACUAACAAGUAGACUAAUGUAGACAUUCAAUAGACAAGGUAGAGCAAGGCAUCUUUAACAAAAAAACAAGGCACCAUUACUGCUAACUGAAAGGAGAAAACCUUGUUUUUUCUUGUUUUUAAGAAAAGAAUAUAAAAAAAGAAUCAUGCUUUUUAUGUAAUAUUUUAGGUUUUUUUCUUAUUUCAGAACAACCAGGUUUAAGCAAAAUGCUGGAUGCUUUUUAAAUAUUGAGACUUGAUCAAGUAAUAAAAAAAAAAUCAAGAAAACAAUUAUUUAAAAAAUGGAAAAAAAAAAAAAGAAGAAAAAAAAACAAAACAUAAAACACCAACAAACCAAAUUCCCUGAAAUUCAAUGUACGGUCAGGGAAUUUUUUAUUGCUAUUUUGUCAAUGUUGAUGAUGUACUGUACUACCAGUUGGUUUUCCUCUCCAUUCCCUGUCACCUCAUAGAAUAUUCUUUGUUGAUCAUUGUUGUAUGUUAAUAGUGUAUAAAAUGGCUAUCUUGUAAGAGUGCUGUCCUGAUGCUAGUGUAGUGACUGCCCCCCUCCCCUCCUCUCUCUUCUUCUUCUUCUAGUACAUAUUGGUAGAUGUAUCGUAAUUAAGGUUAAAAAUUUAGAUGUAGUUAUUCAGAUUUAGGACCAGUAAGGAUAGAACUUUCUCUUAUUUAAGAAAACAAAAUGCUAAUAAUUUUGGGAAGAUUGUCCUUUUUUUCCUUCUUCUUCUUCUUUCCUCUUUUCUUUGUUUUUUUCUCUCUUAUUUUAUUUUUUUCUUUUGCUGAUCUGAUGUGGUUUCAACUAACCAAAGGUCUCACAAUGUUAAAAAUGCUGGCAAACUCCUAAGGCAUUUGUAGAUCCCCACCUUUGACUUUGGAAAGGGGAUGUGCCAUACUACCUUAAAUGCUAAUGCUAGAUAUGCAAAACUGGAUUUUUUUAAUUUAUUUUUUAAAAGAGGGAGGCACGGGAUAUUAAAACGAUUUUACUAAGAGAAAAAAAUAUUUUUUUAAGAAUGCUCAGAAGAAAUUGCUAAAUCUGUGUGAAUAUGUUUUAGAUGUUUAUAUACCUUUCGAGAAGUCCCAGUGGCCCAUAGCACAAAUGUCGUGGAAUCUGAUAUGUUUUGAUGUGGCUACCUAGACUAAGGUUCACGUUAGUCCCCCCCCCGCUCAUCUAGAAAUCCAUUUCAAAGGGUUUGGGUUUGGUUUUUUGCCUUUUUUGGGGGGUUUUUUGUAAAUUUUUCAGCCCAAAGGUUCAGCUCCACCUUUGUUUUAGUCAAGCACAGUGAAGGAUCCUCCCAAGGGAUGUUACAGACUCACUGAAUCACCUUGGUCGGAAAAGACCUUAAAGAUCACCGAGUCCAACCACCAAGUUCUAACUAAACCACAUCCCUACAUCUAUAGGACUCUUAAAUACCUCCAAGGAUGGUGACUCCACCACUGUCCUGGGCAGCUUUCUGCCUUUUUCUAUCCAAGUAUCUCAUACGGACCCGUUACCCCCGGAGUGACCAAAAAAGAGUGAGAUUCCCAUCGCGUUGUGUGGAAUGGGCACCCAUGGCCUUUUGAGAGGAGCCUUAGCCAGCCACAGGAGCUGGGGUACCCUCCCUGCUUCCAAAUCAAAAAGUCACUUGGGAUUGGCUUGAUUAAAACGAAGCCUGAUCUGUCCUUUUUUUUUUUUUUUUUUUUCUCGUUUGUUUCUUAUACUUCAUAAAUGUUCAUUUUAAGUUGAAUUUGUAGCUUGGACUUUAAGGUAGCAUGGCUCUCUUUGCUGUCAGUUUCGUUUUGUUUUCCAUUGUAC